CGGAGCUACAACCCCGAGCAGUAGCAGAAGCAGCAGAAGAAGAAGAAGAGUCUCCGCUUGUGGACGCUGGUGAUGGCUGCUGGUUCACAAGGAGGAAAACUAAUAGAACCAAACACCUGCUGCCUGUUCGAGAGAUGCUGACCUCCUCACACCAGUGACCUUAUAGCCCUUCAUCCCCACGUCAGCCGAGACAGACCAGAAGGACACAGAUCAGCCCCGUCAUGGCCGCCCGGCAGCAGAAACCUGCAGCUGCAGUGGAACCUAAAAGGACGGACUACAGAGCCAGCGAGAAGAAGUGCUCUUGGGCUUCCUACAUGACCAAUUCUCCGACCGUAAUCGUGAUGAUCGGCCUGCCCGCUAGAGGGAAGACCUACAUGGCCAAGAAGUUGACACGCUACCUCAACUGGAUCGGAGUGCCAACUAAGGUUUUUAACCUCGGAGUUUAUAGGAGAGAAGCAGUGCAGUCGUACAAAUCAUACGACUUCUUCAGACACGACAACAAAGAGGCAAUGCAAAUUAGAAAACAAUGCGCUCUGGUAGCACUAGAGGACGUCAAAGCAUAUCUGAACGAGGAGGGAGGCCAGAUCGCUGUGUUUGACGCCACCAACACCACUAGGGAGAGGAGGGAACUCAUCCAGAAUUGUGCCAAAGAAAAUGCAUACAAGGUGUUUUUCGUAGAAUCGAUCUGUGAUGAUCCAGACGUCAUCGCUACAAAUAUUCUGGAUGUGAAGGUGUCCAGCCCAGAUUACCCCGAGAGGCACAGAGAACGUGUCAUGGAGGAUUUUCUGAAGAGAAUAGAGUGUUACAAAGUCACGUACCAACCUUUAGAUCCCGACGAACACGACAAGAACCUGUCCUUCAUCCAGGUCAUAAACGUCGGCCGUCGUUUCUUAGUGAACAGGGUGCAGGACUACAUCCAGAGCAAAAUAGUCUACUACCUCAUGAACAUACACGUGCACUCCCACUCCAUCUACCUCUGCCGCCAUGGAGAGAGCCAUCACAACGAGGAGGGACGCAUCGGGGGAGACGCUGAACUGUCAGAGAGAGGCAAACAGUUCGCAGUAGCUCUGAAGGACUUUGUUGAAGAACACCGCCUGUCGGACCUGAAGGUUUGGACCAGUCAGCUGAGACGCACCAUUCAGACGGCAGAGGAGCUGGGGGUUCCCUACGAGCAGUGGAAGAUCCUCAACGAAAUAGAUGCUGGUGUGUGUGAGGACAUGACCUAUAAGAUGAUUGAGGAAACGUUACCGGAGGAGUUUGCCAUGAGGGACCAGGACAAGUAUCACUACCGCUACCCUGGAGGAGAGUCCUACCAGGAUUUGGUUCAGCGGCUGGAGCCAGUGAUCAUGGAGCUGGAGCGGCAGGGCAACGUUCUGGUCAUCUGUCAUCAGGCCGUCAUGCGCUGCCUGCUCGCCUAUUUCCUGGAUAAGGGCGCAGAUGACCUCCCUUACUUGAAGUGUCCGCUGCACACCGUCCUCAAGCUCACGCCAGUGGCUUACGGCUGUAAAGUGGACAUGUUUGACCUGAAGGUUGAGGCCGUCAACACCCACAGGGACAGACCAUUAAGUAAAGCCCAGACAGAUGCUGUGCCGCCAGCCUUCUUCAGAAGAAACAGCUUCACUCCGCUGUCCAGCCAGGACCAGAUCAAACGUCCUCGUCUCUACAGCAUGGGCAACCCUCCACUGGCCCGCAUGUCCCAGCCCCCCAGUCUACCCAGCAUGCAGUUCUCCGAGGCGUCGGAGGGGGCGGAGUUGCUGCAAAGCCAGCAGGACUCUCUGAACGGUUUCACUGCAGCAGACACAGACGACAGUGUUCGCAGUUAAAGCAGAACUUCAGAGGCUUUUCUCUGCUUGGAUGUGUCACCAGUUCUGAAGACCAGUAGGAAAAAGCGCUACCAUUUUCUGCCAUGACAUACUUAAGUGCCCCAUGUCUGUAUAUCAGUAUAUACGUGUUUUCUGUUUAGUUGAGGGUUGGCCGAUCUAGAGAGUUUUAUUUUGUGAUUAAUCUCGAAGUAGUCCCAUCUCAGAGAUUGUUAUAUUGUAUGUCAUUAUUUUGUUUUAUGGAAGGCUUAAGAGGCAGCGGUGGACACUUCUAAAGGAUGUAUGAUAAAUCUGUUCAACCCCAGUAUGAAGCGUUUGAAGGAACAGGCUGAGAGAGUCUGUAUCAAGACCUGAAGGAUCAUAAUCGACCAUCUCACUGGACCAACAUUGGAAAGAAGCAAACGAUGGAGAGAGGACGUCUCGGUCGCUGGACAUGUGCAUGACCAUAUGGAAAACUUAAAGCAAUAUUGUGUUUCAAAUGGUGCAAAUAGAAAAAUGUCUGUGUGCCGGAUAUUCUUAACUGUAAAUUUCAAAAUCCACAUUUUUGAUCACGCAUCAUUAUUGUGUUGAAAAAGAUUGUGAUAUCUUUUUUGUGUUUCCCACCCGUAGUUCAGUUAUUGUUGGAUAAGGAAUGUAUGUAUGUGUGUGUGUGUGACUGUGCACACAUGAACAUGAACUCAAUGCCUUUGCAUAACAGCCUUCAAAACUGCUCUGUAAGCCUGCUCAUAAUAAUGAAAAGAUAUGUAUGGACUAACUCUUCUGUAUUAGAUGUAGGAAGCUGUGUGGGGUGUGUACCUCAGGAGAGUGCCUCUCUACAAUGCAGCUACAUGCAGCCUUAAUGUGUUUGAAUCUUUCUUAAAUUGACUUAUCUCAACAUUCCCAGGCAAUUUGCAUCCUUCCUUUGGUGUUCUAAUAAGAUAAGGUAUUAUUAAACAUCAAUUUUUUUCUGUGGGCUGGGAUAAAAAUGAAUGAAACCUUUUCUGGCCCCUGUAAAAAGUGCAGCAGCUAAA